AUGAUGGCGUGCCCUUCGUCCAAAACUAGCCUAGUGCAGGCCAACCUCCAGCACAGCGAAACUGCGUCGGCUCAAUUACGCAAGUGGUUGGAGGUUCAAAGGACUGCCAUAGCCUUAAUCCAGGAGCCAUGGGUUGGGGCUGGUAAAAUUAAAGGCCUAAACAACCUAAAAGGUAAGUUAUUCUACAGCUCUGAACACGACAAGCCUAGAGCGUGUAUUUACACUACUAAAGAUAUCCGUGCACAACCUUUAACAGAUUUCUGUUCUAGAGACAUGUAUGCCGUAGCAAUACAGUACACACAGGAGAGUAGAUUAGUCGUCGCCUCGGUCUACAUGCCGGAGGAAGACACUCCUCCCCCUCAUGACCUCAGCAGGCUGGUGAACUUCUGCGAGAGGACCAGACUAGAGGUUGUGAUCGGGACGGACUCCAACGCACAUCAUCCCCUUUGGGGAAUGGAAAAACCAAAUGAACGAGAAAUCACUCCACCAAGACAUGCCGAGGUAAAACAACCGUGGUGGGGUAAAGAACUCGAUAGAAAACGUAAGAAGGUAAGAAAAGCUCUAAAUAGGGCCAUGAAUACCUCAAUGGAUGAAGACUGGCUAUUAUAUAAGAAAGCUAAGUCUGAAUACAAAAAAUGUAUCAGGUAUCGACGCUCGAUUGGGUGGCGUAAAUUCUGUGGCAACAUAGAAACCUGCAAACCAGCAAAUAGGAUUAGGAAUAUUCUAGCUAAACAGAACACGUCGGGAUCCAUGUCUCUAAAGAAACCCGACGGUAGCUACUCAACAUCGCCGGAUGAAGCCCAACGCAUCCUAAUUGAAACGCACUUCCCAGGUUGCUGCGUAACCCAGGAGGCAAACCGGCAUGACGAAAUACUGACAUCAACAGCAGAAGACUGGAAUUUAGCACAGAGAGUGGUAACGAUGGACAAAAUCCAUUGGGCCAUUCACAGUUUCCUCCCCUAUAAGGCGGCAGGACCCGACGGCAUAUUCCCGGCACUCCUACAGUGGGGGGGUAAAGCCCUAAUAGUCAGACUUGCUGCCAUAAUGCGAGCCUGUCUUGCUCUUAAAUAUGUUCCUAGGGGAUGGAGGGAAGUGAAAGUUACAUUCAUACCCAAACCAGGUAAGAGCGACUACACUGACCCUAAAUCCUACAGGCCCAUUAGCCUCACAUCCUUUCUCCUAAAGACGAUGGAGAGGAUGUGUGAAAGGGAAUUAAGGGGGUCGGCGCUAAUGAACUUACCACUACACGACAAGCAACACGCCUACAGUCUAGGCAAAUCAACAGAAUCGGCCCUUCAUAAGGUAAUUACAAAGAUUGAAGAGGCCAUCCAAAACAAAGAAAUAUGUCUAGGUUCCUUCAUAGAUAUAGAAGGUGCUUUUGACCGAACGAACUUCUCCAGCAUAAAAGGUGCACUCGGUAGACACAAAGUUUAA